UCGAACUUCCAUGACCUCAUGCCCAGAUGAUACAUAUUCUCGCCGUACGCCCUCAUUCUAUGGCCUGGAUGUACUUGUGAUCCAAUAGAUGUGCACCGCAUUGCAUCGCACGCCCAAACGAUGUUGCCCAAUGAGAAGCCGAGCGGCAAGGCUGAGAGCCCCACGUCACAUCACGUCGACCUUCGAGAAUACACGCAGGUCAACGACACCGUGUCCGACAAAGAGAACAAGACAUUACCUACCACUCUAGAGAGUAAGAGUGAAGCGAGUGCAGAAGAGCAGGAGCAGAAGGGUGGCAUAGGCGAUUACUUCCGCAUCUUUCGAUAUGCCAGCCCACUCGAGCGAAUCCUCUAC